GUGAAUGCUGUGCCUUUGUGUCCCUCCACCCCUUCCCCGGUUGGCCGAAACUGUCCCUUUUCUGGAUUUCGUCUGUUUUGCAAGAUCUGGAGCCUGUUCCCGGGAAAGCGAUGGAAAGACCACAAGGAACAGGGACUGUCGGCUUGGAUCGAGUGGUGCAUUUCGAUGGACAGAAGGAUUGCCACAGAGCAAAAAAACAUGACAGAAAUCAAGGUGGAAAAGCAGGAUCCGGCAGCAGACAAAUCAGGAGCCGGCCAGGAGAGAGACCUUCGCUUCAUCCAGGUUGAGGCAAGCGGAGAACACCUGACUGAAGCAGCCAGACAUGAUAUUAAGCAAGAGCCUCCAGAAGAGCCACAUCACUUUUGGAAAGCCCAGAGGCAGGAGCUGCCAAAGGAAACACCAUUUCCUCAACGAGGAUGGGAAAACUCCCAGCUGCCCCAGUCUGAGGAGAAUGUGAAGGCGUUGAAGCUUUGCUUCAAAGGAUCAGAUGAUGCUGAACAGUGGCCUCGUGGUGAAUGGAGGACCUCAGUGCUGUCGACUAGCAGUGUAGAAACCAACCAGGCUGACAGAAACCAGGAUCUGUCUGGAAAUGUGGCUCUAGUUGAGACUGCAGAGGAGGAUCCCGUCGGCUUGGAGAUUCGGCGCCGGCGCUUCAGGCACUUCCGUUACUGGGAGGCAGAGGGACCUCGAGAGGUUUUUGGCCAACUCUGGGAGCUUUGUCACCAAUGGCUGAAGCCUGAGAGACACACCAAGGAGGAGAUCUUGGAGCUGCUGAUCCUGGAACAGUUCUUGGCGGUCCUGCCGGAGGAAAUGCAAGGCUGGGUCACGGAAUGCAGGCCAGAGACCUGCAGCCAGGCAUUGGCCCUAGCAGAGAACUUCCUGUUGAUGCUGAAGGAGUCCGAGAGCCAGAAAGGGCAGGCACAAAGGACAUCUGGAGGAGAUCCAUCACAGACAGUAAAGAGUCAACUUCCCACGGAACCUACGCAGGAGGGUGAUGGGGAGACUGCUUUCCCUGGAGACAAUUGGCAUAUAAUCGUAAAAGAGGAAGAAGUGGAUCUUCAGCUGGAAGAACCGAAAGAAGUGGGCACCCCUGGUGCAUUGUGGGAAGGUAAAGAGAAGUUUUUCCAAGUUCCUGAGCAGGAACAGAUACACAAAAGUUUGCCUGAGCCAGACAAUUACCAGGAAAGCCAUUCCUGGAAGACAUCAGAACAAACUUUUCUUUGCGAAGGGACUGGGAAACUUUUGCACGGAAAGACCCUCCAAGAGGGCUUAUGCCAACAUAAGAGGAAAAAGGCAGGUGCAGAUUGUAAGAAAGAUAUCCGCCAGAGUUUGAACUUUCUUGAGUAUCAGCAAAUAGAAACAGGAGGAAAAACAUACAAAUCCACUGAAUGGGGCAAGAGCUUUAAGUUGAAACUGCAUCUUAAUAUGCAUGAACGAUUGCAUGCCAGAGGGAGACCUUCUAUAUGGUCAGACUUUGGAAAAAAGUUCCCCCGGCCCUAUGAAGCUUCUCGACCUCAGGAGAUCUAUGCCAAAACAAACCAGCAUACGUGCUCUGAGUGUGGUAGAACCUUUAGCAGGCAGUCCCACCUCUUGAUACAUCAGAGAAUGCACACUGGAGAAAAACCUUACACAUGCUCGGAGUGUGGGAAAAGCUUCAGUUACAGCUCAGUCCUUACAGAACACGAAAGAAUCCACACUGGGGAGAAACCCUAUGAGUGUUCAGACUGCGGGCAAAGCUUUAGCCGGAGGUCAUACCUGAUUCAGCACGAGAGAACCCACACAGGAGUGAAGCCAUACGAAUGUGCAGAGUGCCAGAAAUGUUUCACCCGUCGCAGUGGCCUUCUUCGACAUCAGAAACUCCACAUGGCCCCGAAGCAAUGUUAAUUCCAGCAUUAUUAUUUUUUUGUAAUAGUUUACAGACACGAGAAAAGGUCAUGUGGUUUUCCAGUGUGGUUGAUUUUAGACUGUAUAUUUAAGCAAAGCACCAUCUGUUUAGGAACAGAACUGGCAGGCUCAGUCCAAAGGUCUAGCUUGUGGAAGACCUUUUGCUGUAUCUUCCUCCUGUUAUGAUGUUGCUUGUGUUGGGUUCAAAUGUCUUUUUCUUGGCUCCCUACCCAAAGUCUGCAAUUUAUGGAUAAUAAUACAGACCUUCCUUACUGGG